AUCCAGUUAUACCAUUAUGACUAUUUUAUUUUGUGUAAUAGCAGUAAAAUUAUAAGUGAGAGGAGUUGUCUAGAAACUGGGAACUCUGACAUGGAGAAGAUAGUUGUCUCAUAAAUCAGAGCUUUCCUUUUUCUAGCUAGAUCUAGUUUUAAGUGGUUCUACACUAUUUUCCUAGAUGUGUAGUCACCUUUUGCAUUUUAAGUCCAUUGAAUGACCUAUAAAUAACAUCUGAUACAACUCUUCAGUUUUGGAACUGUCUUUUGAACUGGAAUUUUCAUAUUACUCUGCUGCCUUUACCUAACAUUUCACUACAUUUUGUCCUUUACUGGCAAUUUUAGGUAACACUGGAACCAACAGGAAAAGAGAGACUGUCAGAAGUAGAGAUGAUGAAAGAGGACAGGGAUCACAGGUACUGCAAUGGCUGCAGGAGUUCUGCUGCAAAAUGAGCAACCAUACUCCUCGCUGAUAGAGAGCAGUGUGUAUCUGGCAAAUAUGAGUUCAGGGAGCUCGAGGCGCCCCACGGCCAAGUACACGAAGGUGGGGGAGCGGCUGCGCCACGUCAUCCCCGGGCACAUGCAGUGCUCCAUGGCCUGCGGCGGCCGUGCCUGCAAGUACGAGAACCCCUCGCGCUGGGCUGAGCACGAGCAGGCCAUCAAGGGGCUCUACUCCUCCUGGAUAACAGAUAACAUCCUGGCUAUGGCUCGACCCUCAACAGAAUUAAUUGAAAAGUACAACAUUAUUGAGCAGUUUGAAAGAUGUGGCAUAAAAACCAUAAUUAACCUUCAGCGUCCUGGGGAGCAUGCAAGCUGUGGGAACCCCCUGGAGCAGGAGAGUGGCUUCACCUACCUUCCUGAAGCCUUUAUGGAAGCUGGCAUUUAUUUUUAUAAUUUUGGAUGGAAGGAUUAUGGAGUGGCAUCUCUCACAACUAUCCUUGACAUGGUAAAGGUGAUGUCUUUCGCCCUGCAGGAGGGGAGGGUGGCUGUUCACUGCCACGCAGGACUUGGGAGGACAGGUGUUCUAAUAGCUUGCUACUUAGUUUUUGCCACCAGAAUGAGUGCUGACCAAGCGAUUCUGUUUGUCAGAGCCAAAAGGCCCAAUUCCAUCCAGACCCGGGGGCAGCUGCUGUGUGUCAGGGAGUUCUCCCAGUUCCUGGUCCCUCUCCGCAAUGUCUUUGCGUGCUGCGAGCCCAAGGCACAUGCGGUCACCCUGUCCCAGUACCUAACCCGCCAGAGGCACCUGCUCCAUGGCUACGAGAGCAGGCACCUCAAACACGUGCCAAAACUCAUCCAUCUGGUGUGUAAGCUGCUGCUGGACCUGGCUGAGAACAGACAGGUGGUAGAAGCAGAGCUGCUGGACAUCCCAGACCUCUCAGCUGAGAUUGAGAAGACCAUGUCCCAGCUGGCAUCCACGGAGCUCGAGCAGGAGCUGGCCAGGCAUGACAGUGACAUGUCGGACUCGUCCCACGCCCACUCCUCUGCCCUUGACAGCCAGGACUCACACUUCUCCCUGGGACACGAAUGUGAUGCUUUCUGUAAAAGAAGGAGUGUCGAAUGCCUUCAGCCUCUUAGUCAUCUGAGAAGGCGUCUGAGCUACAGUGAGUCAGACCUAAGGAGAACUGAGUUUCUUUUGGAACAGGAUGACACUGCCUGGACAGUGCCUGCUCAGAUCUUAGUGAACAACAAACCCAAGCAGAACAGUGGGGAGGAAUGUUCUGCCACAGGUGAGGCAAAGCCACAGCUGGAAUUAAACAAAGACACAUUAGUGCAUAACACGUGCGUGUUCUGGAGUCAAGGGAGAUUUCAUUUGGAUGGACGAAGGGAUGGCUCCUAUCAGAGAAGGGGCUCUAUCAAAGAAGUACAACGCAGCAGGACCUUUUCCUCAGGCCUUGCGUCCAUGCACAAUCCCAAGGAACCUGGAAUGCCAAGGCACAGCUUGGCCAGUGACACUGCUCACAGGAAGGACCACAAGACCAAUAUAUAUGGCAGGAGAGUCUAUCUCUCCGAGGACUCUGACUCUUCUUCCUCUUCCAAAGUGAACUUUUCCAUUGGAUAUGAAAACGAGAGUAGCAGAGAGCUGUCAGAGACAAUUCCACACAUUGUUCUGCAGUCAGAAUUAAGUUUGGAAGCUCGAAGAAUUUUGGCAGCCAAAGCACUUGCAGAUAUAAAUGAAUUUCUGGGAGAGGAUGAAGUGAAGCAGAAGGUAGAAAUGUGGCAGAAAGAACUGAAUUCUCAAGAUGGAGCUUGGGAUAAAAUCUGCACCGAGAGAGAUCCUUUUAUUCUCUGCAGCUUGAUGUGGUCAUGGAUAGAGCAGCUGAAAGAACCUAUUAUAUCCAGAGAUGAUAUUGACAUGCUGGCAAAAAAUUGCACAGUAUCCAAGGAUGCGCUCUACUUGCUGAGGAAGGAGCAGUGUCAGACCAUCCUUUGUAUUUUACACUGUGUGGUGAACCUGCAAGUGCUGCCAGCUGAUGUGGAGGAGGCCUUACUUGCUCGAGCUAUUAAAGCUUUCACCAAGACAAGCUUCAAUUCUGAGAAUGGGCCAUAUGUUUACAAUACCUUGAAAACUGUAUUUAAACAAGCAAUGGAAGAAAAAAGGAAAAGGAUAAAAGAAGGAACAGAGAAUCCUUCUUGAUUUCUACACAGCUCUGCCGAAGCAUUAGAUGGGUUUACCAAAUUAUUUUGCAUUUUCCAGCUACUGUAUUUUGUGCUACCUGGCAUGAUCUACCUAACUUUAGGUAAUAGAAGUUAUUAACAAAUAAUUUUGGUUUUUUUAGAGGAGUUUAAAUGGCAGUUGUUCAGUCUACAUAGUUUUUAAAGAAUGGCUCCCUGUGACCAUUCUCUGUAGCAUUUUGUUUCAGGUACUGUUCUUUUAUGUUGUCAAGGGUUCUCCUCUUCUCAGAUGUGUUUAUUGAUUUGGAAUCCUCUGUUAUUGGCAAGAAACAUUAUUGUCAAGUUACAUGACUGCCAUGAGUUCAGUGCCAUGAUCCCCAAAGGUUUAAUGGAUUAAUAUUUAUGUAUUACAUAUGUUUACAUUAAUGAUAUUUGAUUUCACUUUGCAGAAAAUAAAUAUUGACUGAACCUGUGAAA